AUGCAUAAAUCAUGGACGCAACAUUUAAGCAGUCCAUCCCCAUUAGAUUUAUGUGGAGAAAGUCAACUGUAUCCUCCAGGUAAUCUCACAAGCCCUCUUUAUCCCCUUUCAUACCCUGACAACAUGGAUUGCAAUUGGACUGUUUCCAGCACCAAUGGAAGAAAUAUUUUAAUACAGUUUUCAGUUUUCUCGUUGGAAGAUCAUCCUAGUUGCUUUUUUGACUAUUUGGACGUUUAUGAUGGAGAUUCAACAAAAACGACCCAACUGGGCAGAUUCUGUGGAAACCAAUUACCAAGAAAUCUGGUAUCAUCUGGAUUCAAAUUGUUCAUCAUAUUUCACUCGGAUAUUAAUGUGCCAGCACCGGGAUUUGUUUUGAACUAUUCAACCCCAUUAGAUGUUGAGGAAUGCCAAACAUCUUCCCCCUGUCAUUCCAAUGCUAUGUGCAAUAACACAGACGGAUCUUAUAUCUGUACAUGUAAUUUUGGGUAUAGCGGAAAUGGGUUUAACUGCACAGAUAUUGACGAAUGCCAAACAUCUUCUCCUUGUCACACUCACGCAACCUGCAAUAACACAGAUGGUUCUUAUAUCUGCACCUGUGAUUCUGGAUAUAGUGGAAAUGGAUUUAACUGCGCAGAUGUUGACGAAUGCCAAAUAGGGCUAUCUUCCCCAUGUCAUUUCAACGCAACCUGCAAUAACACAGACGGAUCUUAUAUAUGCACAUGUAAUUCUGGGUAUAGCGGAGAUGGAUUUAACUGCACAGGAGAUGGAAUAAACUGCACAGAUGUUGACGAAUGCCAAACAUUUUCUUCCUGUCAUUCCAACGCUAUGUGCAAUAACACGGGCGGAUCUUAUAUCUGCACAUGUAAUUCUGGAUAUACCGGGGAUGGGUUUUACUGCACAGAUAUAGACGAAUGCCAAAAAUUUCGCUCUUGUCACCCUAACGGAACCUGCAAUAACACAGAUGGAACUUAUGUCUGCACAUGUAAUACUGGAUAUAAUGGAGAUGGAUUUAACUGCACAGAUUUUGACGAAUGCCAAACAUCUUCGCGUUGUCAUCCUAACGCAACCUGCAAUAACACAGACGGAUCAUAUAUCUGCACAUGUGAUUCUGGAUAUAGUGGAGAUGGAUUUAACUGCACGGAUAUCAACGAAUGCCAAAGGGAUUCUCCGUGUCAUUCCAAUGCGACAUGCAAUAACACGGGCGGAUCUUAUACCUGCGAAUGCGAUUCAGGGUAUAGUGGAGAUGGAUUCAACUGCACUGGUAUAAACGACAAGUUCAUUUAUUCUGAAAUUCAAAAGCGAAUGAAUGACAAUAUCAACGAGUGCCAAAAAGUUUUCCCAUGUCCAUCUAAUAUGAUGUGCAAUAACACGGACGGAUCUUACAUCUGCACAUGUGACUCUGGAUAUAGUGAAGAUGGGUUUAUCUGCAUUGAUUAA